GCGCAUGGUAUAAAAAUGUCCAAGUAUGUGCUAGUGCUCGUAAUUUGCUCAAUACCAUUUAGUGCAUGUAUGCGUAAAAAUGUUUGCAAAACGAUCGAGGAUUACAGGACAAUAGAGCACAAUCCGAAUUGUUGGUACAAUCCCGACGUCGGAGCCAGUCCGGCCGAAAUUAUCAAAGGACACGGUUAUCCUUUUGAAAGCUAUGAAGUUGUGACAAAGGACGGCUACAUUGUUACGUUAUUUCGGGUGCCUCAUAACGGCACCAAUUUCGGGGCGAAAAAACCGGUGGUUUUCCUCCAGCAUGGAAUGGCUGUUGACUCUUCGUGUUAUCUCUAUUUGGGCGAAAAGUCCAGCGUUUUUGUUUUCGCGAAUAAUGGAUACGACGUCUGGUUGUCCAACAGCAGAGGCACCAAAUACUCCUCAAAACACAACAAAUAUUCAGUUUAUGACCCCGCAUACUGGAAUUUCAGUUUUCACGAAAUGGCAAUUUAUGACCUUCCAGCCAUGCUGGAAUUUAUUAUUAAAAUGACCGGACAAACUGGACAUAUCCACUACAUCGGCCAUUCUAUGGGAACCACAAUUUCGUACAUUUACAGCUCUCUGAUGCCACAACAUGCCAAAAGGUCCUUAAGGACAAUUGUGUCUCUCGCACCUGUGGCUUUUCUGGACCAUGUCUCACCUCUAGUGCGUGCCAUUGUCCCAUUUCGCUACUUAAUUUGGGAUUUUUUCGCCUCGCUUGGAUUAUAUGGAGUUGGUCCGAACGUGCAAUUUAAGCUAGAUAUAGUCCUGCAAAUGUGCGCCCGCUAUCCGUUUAUUUUGAUUUGUUCGAAUUUGGGCGAUCUUGCCGGAACGAAUCAGGCGGAGAACAGGGCGAGCACUCUUCCUGUCAGUGCAGCGGCCCAAUUGUCGGGAAUUUCGCUAAAAACGCUCCUACAUUACGCCCAAAUAAUUGACGCGAGGGGCCGCUUUCAAUAUUUUGAUUACGGUCCGUAUAAUCGGAAAAUUUAUAACUCGACAUUGCCGCCCGAAUAUCCAAUUUAUAAAAUUAAAAUCCCUGUUUAUUUAUUUUAUGGGCGAAGAGAUUUACUAGCCACGGAAAAGGAUGUUUAUCAUUUGUACGAGAAAUUGAAGACUGAAAAAAGGAUAAUGGAGGUUUUCAAUUUCGGGCACAAUAAUUUUCUUAGCGGUUUACACGCGUUGGAUUUGUACCAAAUGAUACUCAAGUUGAUUCAGCAAAAAGUCAGUCUUUUUGUGUCUUCCAACAUGCAUUACACACUUUUCCUUUCAUUAAAUUUUCUUUUCAUCCCUUGUGCAUUUUCCUUGGGUUUGGAAAACAAUGUUUGUCCUUCACUUAUCGAAUAUCAUAUUGCGGCCGUAAACCCUCGCUGUUACCACAAUCCUGAUGUUUUAUCAGACGUCAGCACAGUGGCAGAAAGACACGGAUAUCAAGUUGAGGCAAAUAGUGUGACCACAAAAGAUGGGUAUAUUUUAACCGUCCAUAAGAUAACUUCGAGUAAAGCGCAAGGACCCAUGAAACCCAUGUUCAUUCAACAUGGGAUUGCGACGAAUUCAGGGCCUUGGGUUGAUAUCGGGAACCGAUCGAUUGCGUUUUAUUUCGCCGAUAAAGGCUGGACGGUUUAUUUGGGUAAUGCCAGAGGGUCGACUUAUUCAGACAAACACGUCAAGUUAAACACACACGAUGCUGAAUUUUGGAAUUAUCGUUUGGACGAUAUCGCAGCUAUUGAUAUUCCGACCCAGUUGGAAUAUGUUUUCACAGAUUCUGGUCAAAAAUCAGUUUAUGUUGGCCAUUCUAUGGGCACCUCUGUUGUGUUCAUGUUUGCCUCACAAUACCCUGAAUUAGCCAGUCAAUAUCUCGAAAGAAUUGUUGCUUUAGCUCCUGUUGCUUAUCUGGACGGAGCUCCGGGUAUUACGUUAGUUAAACCAGUAGCGAAACCACUUUUAAGUAUUUUGGAACUUUUCCAUGUUUGGGGUUUAUUCCACCACGAGACUUUGAUUCAUACAUUUUUGGUUAAAGGAUUAUGUCCGAAUUUACCCGGACCUUGCAGAAUUUUCUUAGAUCUGGCUUUCGGUAGAACUAGUCAAUUUUCAGAUCGCGACCUCUUAUUGUACUUCAGUUAUUGGCCUAGUGGCACGUCAAUUUUCCAACUGAAACAGUAUUUGCAAAUUGCGAGUAGUAAAAAGUUCCAAAUGUAUGAUUACGGUUCUAAGAAAAAUAAGGAAAUGUAUGGGUCUGAAGACCCUCCAACUUAUCCACUUGAAGAUUUGAAAUUGCCGGUGCAUUUGUUUUACGGUGAAAAUGAUAGUUUGUACAGGAAAAAGAAUAUGAAAAGAUUGUAUGAUGAACUUGGAAGUUCGGAAAAAACAGCAGUUUCAGCUGGAUCUGAGAUUGGGAAAAAAUUCAAUCACAUUGAUUUUCUUUAUUCGGAGCAUUUGAUUGAACAGAUUUAUGAGAAGAUGGAGGCGGUUUUGGGUGGCAGUGGUGGGGGUGGGGGUGAUGAUGGUGGUCUAGAUGGUGGUGAUGAUGAAGAAGAAGAAAAAGAAGAAGAGGAUGAUAAAGAGGAGGAAAAAGACGAUGAUAAAGAGAAAGAGGACGAUAAGGAAGAAGAAAAAGAUGAAGAAAAAAAUGAAGAGGAAGAUGAUGAUAAAGACGACUAGACAUUCUUAAUAUUAUUAAUUGCUUGUAAUUGAUCUGUUAUCUUUAAAAAUAAAAUUUUUCGUUUUA